CAUCCCAGCAGACGUGUGAGCCAGUGGCGGUCCCUGAAAACCAGAAUGCCUGGAUCAGGGUGAGAGAGAUGCUUCCAGGCUGCUGGACCAACUACACCACUCAGGACAGCAAAGAGGUUCACAUCCUCAGCCUGCACUAUACUACUGGGGUAAGGCAAUCUACUGUAUACAGUUUGUCUGUCCUAAACUACUGUGGAAGGCUUCCACUGCAUUUCAAUCGACCAGUAUGCUCAGUCUGAAGAUGUCCAGGAUUAAGACACAGGUUCCAAUAUGCAGUACACUGAUAUGUGAGGUAAUAGGAUUUUACUGUAGUCAUAUUUUUUCAAAUGACUGUAGCCAUAGUUUUUCAAAUAACACCAUAGCAUUAACUUUUCAAAAUGUUCUGCAUUGUUAGAUUACAUUCUGUAAUAUCUGGAGUCCAUAUAGUAGAUAGCUACUGUAGCUCAAUAUAGCUGGAAUGUUUGUCCCAUUCCUGGGGGAAACAUUGUUCUGGGAGAGUGUCUGUGUGAGAUUGAUACCAGAUGAGCUUUAGCACACCAGGCUAGCUUUCUCAUGAGAUUGAUGCCAGAUGAGAGUUAGCACACUACGCUAGCUUUCUCAUGAGAUUGAUACCAGAUGAGCGUUAGCGUGCUAGGUUAGCUAGUUUUCCCAUGUGGCUGAGAGUCAACAUUAGGGACACCUCCUCUGGUUAGCCUGAUAAGUGCAAACACAUGCCAAACAUAGCAUGGAGCUGGGGUCGCCCCUGAGGUGAAUGGUGUUCCUUACAGGCUUACACUACAUACACAGUAGUGUGAAAACACACCACUGCAUCCAACAGCCUGCAUGGGGAAUGGGGCUACGUGUGUGGAGUAGAGGUUGAUGUCAAAAAGUUGUACCAUAAAUUGCAGUAGGAUCAAUUGGAAAUAAAUUGAGGAAACUGACCCUAGAUCAGUGCUUAGGAGGACGAAUGUAAUCCUACACUGCUAUUUCCUACGCAGACUUCAUUUUUCAUUUUCUGACAGUGUCUGGUCAGCACAUAUUAGUAAUUUCUUUAUAAGUGCUCUCUCUCUCUCGUCCUUCACUCUCUGUCUCUCUCUCUGUCUCUCUUUCUCUCUCCGUCUCUGUCUCUAUCUUUCUCUAUCAAACACACUCACGCACACACACACGCGCACACACACACACACACACUCGCACACACAUACUCGGCACACACACACACGCACUACAUUUCUCUCUCUCUCUCAUUCCCUAUUUAAUAUGAAUUAAAGGGGGCUCACCCAGGAGUAGGUCUGUGUGGUAUAAAUUACCCAUAAGUUACAGGGGGUGAGUAAAUGAGUGUGUGGUUGUGCAUCGGAUGAGACGCCAUCACAGAAUGAUACAGUAUCUGAGGAUGCCUGCCUGGAUUCCUCACCUUAAUGAAGGCUAAAGGAGGCCCUCGGCCUGCCUGCACUAAAUCGAAAAAUACUGGAAAUCUCUUCCUGUUUUCCUCUGCUUCUCUCUCUGGCAGACGUCCUAGAAAACAACUAGAACAUGCAAACUUUUUCUUAACCAUGUUUUUAUGUACACAGCUAAACAAAGACAGAUUUCUUCCAAGAAUGGUCUUAGAGUGGAUCAAGAAAGAGAAAUGUGGUGUAGAAGAAGUGUUAGCUCUUUACUGCCAGGUUUUAUGAAACACGAAAAGAUUGGAGAGGAUGAACACAAAGGCUGUAGUUUGUCUGGAGCUGGAGGGUGCCGUGUGAUCCCGUGGACAUUCCACAGAGCAAACAUAUCCUGUUCUCCUGUGGGACCAGGCUGAAUGUUUGGAAUUGGAGAGUGAGGGUUCAUGCCAUUUCUCAACACACACAGCCUUAUCACUCCCUUUACUGCAUCAGUUUGGGGCAGUGCUGAAAAUGUACGAUUUGGAAGGCUUGGAGGCUUUGUUUAUCCUCAGACACAAAGCAGGGGUAUGUCCUUGGCUGAAGGCAAAAUUACCAGUGGAUGGAAAGGAGAGUUGUUAUUCUCUCUCUCGCUCUCUCUCUCCUCUGUUUUUAGCAGUUUGAUUUAGGGUUUUAUAGAGUAGUUCACUGCUCACCUGCAUGCACUCCACACAGACAGAAAAACAAAUCACUCCUCCCUAAGCAAAAGAGUUCACGUGGCCUUCCCCCCUCCCAGCUCCCCAUCACCCCUGAACUCCCCUCACCCCCUGCCAGGAUUCAACCCUGACCAUUCCUCAAUUUCCACUGUAAACAACUAUGAUGGAAUAUUAGGCCACCUAAAGAAGGGAGGUGGGGACAAAGGUGUUUGUGGAAGGGAGGGGUCAUAUGGGAAGUGUGGCUGCCUGGCGGCUUGUGUAUGGGUUCAGCAUGGGAGGGGGAUGGAAGGACAAGAGGGAGAGAAGGGAAGAUGGAAGGCAGGAGGGCUGGACAGGGCAGGAGGGGAGGCGCUUGUCCAGACCCCAAUGAUGUCACAUUCUGGCACGGGCAUUGGCUCACAGCCUAGACUGGACCGUCGGAGCCAGCUCGGGUUAGGGGAGAGAGACAAAGAAUAACGGGAAGCUGUUAUGCACCAGCAAAAGCCCUCGAGAGAAAAAAAAAGUCUGAGGAGGAAAACAAUUGUAUCUUGAAAGCACAGGAACAAAAAUAGCAAGGGCGAGCGACCAGAGACGACAACGUGCAUUGUUCCAACUUAUAGAGUAUGUUGGAGAGAGUGAUGGAGAAAGUAAGAAGAAGAAGCAAUGACAGUUAUUUUAUAAAGACCAUUGAGUUUUGGUUAAAAGUGAAAUUACAGUUUUUUCCCAACUGAUUUGCUUGCGUAAAUCCUGUUGACUCAUACAGUAUAUUAGUCACAGACACAUCCUUGACUCUAUUGACUCAAACUGAGUGAAUAGUGAAUAAGUUGUCCAUACCAGACUGAUACACUGUCAGACAACUGGGAAAAUGAGUCACACAUUUACUGUAUACGGUGUGAUUUGCUAGAACACUCAUGGAAUAACGAUAGGAUUCAUAGCAAUAGGAUUCUCAACCCCAAACUAUUUCCAACCAGGAUAACAGCUCAUCUAAGACCCUACUAUGUUUCAUUGAAAGGGAAGUGUAAAGUCUAGUUGUCAGCAAAGUACAUAGUCUAAACAAUGGCCACUUCACUUGUUGGAGGCAACAAGAGGCCAAUUUAUAUAAUGAACAGCAGAAGAAGAGAACAUGUAUCUCUCAGCUGACUGGUUAUUGAGUAAUCCUGCUUCUUCAAGGUAUUUCAGGAGGCAUUCUCUGAGUUUCGAUGAUAAACAUAUACUGACACUAUUGAAAAGACUAGGCAAGCGGCGUACUUUAAUGCUCUGAGAUGAUAGACAGUGGCAAGGGAAACUGAUAAUUUAAUCAGUUAGACUGUUUGCCUGCAGCUUGGUCUGACUCCUUGUCAGUAAUUCACACACGCAUGCACACACACACACAAUCCGCAAGUAGAUUUUGUUUGAUGAGUGAGUGUCGAAUUUGGUCAACACAUUUUUUUUCUCGUAAUGCUUAGGAGUGUACUGAUAUAAGUAGGACACGUGACAUCCCGGCAACUUUGAGAAAAACACUUUGUAUCAGUUUUCUCAAGAUGGCUAUGCAUAUUCAUGGCAUGAGGCUAGUAGCAUAGCAUCUCUCUCCAUUGAAUACAGGCAGUUGACGUCAACAACCCUCAUAGAAUAUUCAAAAAAUUAAAUAAUUAAAUUGAUCCACCAAUCCAAAGAAAGGAUAGGCGGGAGCUAGACAGCCUGCCGUGCCGCUUUGUAGACAAGGACUCCCAUUGUUAGGGCGGAGAGACAUGUAUCUUGUCAGUAUAUCCAUAAUCUUUGACGAAGGUUUGUCUGUGGAUCGGAGAUGAUCACAGGUGUGUUCUGUGAAGAUGAUUAAUAGAAAAGAGGAGUGAGUCAAUUAAGGUGGACAGAGGGGAGAUGAUAUCAAACUGCCUAUUGGUCACACUAAAUGAGUGUGUGUGUGUGUGUGUGUGUGUGUGUGUGUGAGAGUGAGUGUGCAUACAUGGACACAGCAUCUGUUGCUCUCUUACAUCCACAACACACUGCUGGUCCUGCCUGGCCUGUUUACAGCAGCUAUCGUGGUGUGUUGUCUGUCUGUUUGUGUGUGUGUGUGUGUGUGUGUGUGUGUGUGUUGAACAUGGCCCUUGCGGAGGCCUUGUGUAUUAGCCCAGUGGUAGGCCUCAGACAAUACACUGGGGGGCUCCUCCCACCAGCUCCAAACAUCAGGGGUCCAACUUUUCCACCUAGGCCCCUUGCCUCAGCUCAGCGUGGCCCUGUCAGAAUGCACGCUGUCAACAGCAGGCAGCAGACGAUCAAUUUAAUAAGAGCGAGCAUAGACAAACAGAAAGACACCGUGUUCCUCAGCACCCUCGCACAGUACUCUCCACGCAAAGAACCAAGGCCAGCAGCCAAGAGAAUCUAGCUCCAAACAAGCAAGCGUUCAGAGAUUUUUAUAAAAAUCGCUUUGAGAGGCUUUAAGACGGGAUAAAAGCGGCUUUUUGUUCAUAUUAAUAGUUAAUUCCCCAAAAGCUCCUCUUCAGAACUGUAUUUUGGAGGUAUUUAAGUACUGUCGUCCACUUCAGUAUUUUAACAACAAAAUGGGAUUCACAAAGUAAAAACUGAUUAAAUUAAGGUAAUUCAUUGGCAAGUUGAAAACAGAAUAUAAAUAUCCUUUCUUCCUCUUUUCUUUUUCUUCUUUGUUGCUCUUUGUAAACUUCACUGGCUUACAAUGCAUUCUUCACUUACCAGGUAAAUAUUGCAAGAACAUAUUUGACUUACCUAAAGCUGAAGCCCAACACUGUUCACCUGUUGUCCACUGUGGUAUGAACUGUGAACUAGAAUAUGCUUAUCUGACUACCAGCCUGCUGAAUCCUGAUGCAGCCUAGUGGAGCUGUGCUUUGUGCGCUAAGCGUGUGUCGGGGCCACUGCCACUCAGAUAGAGACUGUCUAAUCUCCUCUAGGACCACUGAGGCAGAUAGUGUACAGGAGGGCAUUGAUGCACGUCUUGUCCUCUCUCUGUCAGGGCUUGGAGUCAACUGCAGGGGGCUGGCAAGGUGGACAUGUUGACUCUGCUGUCACCGGAGAGGGGAGAAGAGAUUAGUGGAGAGGAUAUGGCUAAGCCUCUCACCUCUGUUCCUACUGGUACUCCAAGCCUCACCUCCACUCCUCCUGGUACUCCAAGCCUCACCUCCACUCCUCCUGGUACUCCAAGCCUCACCUCCACUCCUCCUGGUACUCCAAGCCUCACCUCCACUCCUCCUGGUACUCCAAGCCUCACCUCCACUCCUCCUGGUACUCCAAGCCUCACCUCCACUCCUCCUGGUACUCCAAGCCUCACCUCCACUCCUCCUGGUACUCCAAGCCUCACCUCCACUCCAAAAAUGCAGAAUAGUGUUAAAUGCCUUGGGGACAAAAAUGAUGUCCCAGAUUUAAUCAUGUAAUAUUAGGCAUACCAGUGUGUGCCCAGUGGGUAUCUACUUGCGAGCUACUCAUUGACAGCCCACGAGCUACCGGACAUGCAAUUUUCUACUAAGGUGGAACCUUUGGUAGGCUGAUGUGAAGGCUACUCAGAGCCAUUGGACAUGAAACAACGAUACAAAUGUAGAUAAACAAUUUUCUUUUGCAGGUGCCUUUUCAUUUUAAACACCAGUGGUGCAACUAGUGCUUUCUAAUUGCACUGAACCAAAACAGUGGCGCACAGGAGCGAAUAAAUACUUGAGUGGUCAAAACCAUUCAUCUUGAGGCGACGGGGUGCAAAAUACAAUCUGUUAAUUAUUAUAUCAUAUAUAAAAUUGACUUAUAUAUUUUAAUACAAAAACAUGCGUUUGCACCCCUAUUUUGAAAUUGGGGAUGCAGCUGCUCCGUUUGCUCCAUUGCUCAGGGCCUAUGCUGGUACCCCAAGCCUCUCACCUCCACUCCUCCUGGUACCCCAAGCCUCUCACCUUCACUCCUCCUGGUACCCCAAGCCUCUCACCUCCACUCCUCCUGGUACCCCAAGCCUCUCACCUCCACUCCUCCUGCUACCCCAAGCCUCUCACCUUCACUCCUCCUGGUACCCCAAGCCUCUCACCUCCACUCCUCCUGGUACCCCAAGCCUCUCACAUCCACUCCUCAUAGUACCCCAAGCCUCACAGCAAGAACUGGUGCUGGACUGGGAUCACUGGUGUUGGAUUGGAUGAAUGAGCUGGUCCCACCAGUGUUGUGCUGGUUUGUCUGUAGUAUUGGACAGGUUUUGCUGUAGACUGUUCCUCUGCUAUAAACUCCUUGGCAGCCCUAGCCAUCAAAACGGUCAGCCAACACCUGCCACUUGGGAUGAAUAUGUCAUAUUUCCACAUUACACAGUGAUUUAUAGUAGCUAACUUUCCCAUUACUAGAGAGACUACGUAAUGUUUUGUGUCUCAUAUUAGCUGAUGCUAUCAAAUCACACAAAUGACACCUACCAUCAACGGAAUCUUUCGCAUCUUGUUGUCUCUGGAAUUGAAGAAGUGAGGAAAGCGGUACAUAAUUUAGCAUGCGGGCCGUCCUUCGAUUUUUCAUGUAUUGUCCUGAAGUGAAGGGAACAGAAAUGGGCUUCUCUCAAUGACUUUCUCUGUGGGAGAGACAGAACACAAUAGAAACCCUUGUGUUGAGCUGUCAGGCAACAUUCCAAUCCCAAACCCGGUCCUUUCAAAAUAAAUUAAAGGUGUUAGAUUAAAUUUGUGUCCCGAGAACACCAUGUGUUACCCCACCAUACGAUCAUUACAUUGCAGUGUGGAGUCAUUGUAUUUUAAAUGAUGCUGUGCGCUGACUCUGUGAAAUGGAAUAACACUGUUGAAGGAGAAGUCGAUUUUUCAACAUGGAAGUGUGGAAUCCAUAUACGAAUGAGAGGAAUAGAUUGGGAACCAGGUUUUGUGUGCUUGUGUGUGUGUGUGUGUGUACAGUAUGUACUAGUCAGUCAGGCAAACAUGGUAGCAUUCCAGUAAGCCUUAUCUUACAGUGGGGAAAAAAAGUAUUUAGUCAGCCACCAAUUGUGCAAGUUCUCCCACUUAAAAAGAUGAGAGAGGCCUGUAAUUUUCAUCAUAGGUACACGUCAACUAUGACAGACAAAAUGAGGAAAAAAAAUCCAGAAAAUCACAUUGUAGGAUUUUUUAUGAAUUUAUUUGCAAAUUAUGGUGGAAAAUAAGUAUUUGGUCAAUAACAAAAGUUUCUCAAUACUUUGUUAUAUACCCUUUGUUGGCAAUGACACAGGUCAAACGUUUUCUGUAAGUCUUCACAAGGUUUUCACACACUGCUGCUGGUAUUUUGGCCCAUUCCUCCAUGCAGAUCUCCUCUAGAGCAGUGAUGUUUUGGGGCUGUCGCUGGGCAACACGGACUUUCAACUCCCUCCAAAGAUUUUCUAUGGGGUUGAGAUCUGGAGACUCCAGGACCUUGAAAUGCUUCUUACGAAGCCACUCCUUCGUUGCCCGGGCGGUGUGUUUGGGAUCAUUGUCAUGCUGAAAGACCCAGCCACGUUUCAUCUUCAAUGCCCUUGCUGAUGGAAGGAGGUUUUCACUCAAAAUCUCACGAUUCAUUCUUUCCUUUACACGGAUCAGUCGUCCUGGUCCCUUUGCAGAAAAACAGCCCCAAAGUAUGAUGUUUUCACUCCCAUGCUUCACAGUAGGUAUGGUGUUCUUUGGAUGCAACUCAGCAUUCUUUGUCCUCCAAACACGACGAGUUGAGUUUUUACCAAAAAGUUAUAUUUUGGUUUCAUCUGACCAUAUGACAUUCUCCCAAUCCUCUUCUGGAUGCACUCUAGCAAACUUCAGACGGGCCUGGACAUGUACUGGCUUAAGCAGGGGGACAUGUCUAGCACUGCAGGAUUUGAGUCCCUGGCGGCGUAGUGUGUUACUGAUGUUAGGCUUUGUUACUUUGGUCCCAGCUCUCUGCAGGUCAUUCACUAGGUCCCCCCGUGUGGUUCUGGGAUUUUUGCUCACCGUUCUUGUGAUCAUUUUGACCCCACGGGGUGAGAUCUUGCGUGGAGCCCCAGAUCGAGGGAGAUUAUCAGUGGUCUUGAAUGUCUUCCAUUUCCUAAUAAUUGCUCCCACAGUUGAUUUCUUCAAACCAAGAUGCUUACCUAUUGCAGAGUCAGUCUUCCCAGCCUGGUGCAGGUCUACAAUUUUGUUUCUGGUGUCAUUUGACAGCUCUUUGGUCUUGGCCAUAGUGGAGUUUGGAGUGUGACUGUUUGAGGUUGUGGACAGGUGUCUUUUAUACUGAAAACAAGUUCAAACAGGUGCCAUUAAUACAGGUAACGAGUGGAGGAUAGAGGAGCCUCUUAAAGAAGAAGUUACAGGUCUGUGAGAGCCAGAAAUCUCGCUUGUUUGUAGGUGACCAAAUACUUAUUUUCCACCAUAAUUUGCAAAUAAAUUCAUUAAAAAUCCUACAAUGUGAUUUUCUGGAUUUUCUUUUCUCAAUUUGUCUGUCAUAGUUGACGUGUACCUAUGAUGAAAAUUACAGGCCUCUCUCAUCUUUUUAAGUGGGAGAACUUGCACAAUUGGUGGCUGACUAAAUACUUUUUUUCCCCACUGUAUCUGUCAUAGUACAUUUUAUACCACUUAUCAAGAGACAGUCAUGAACAAAGACAUUGCCCCUUAUGGAAGGUCUAUAGGGUGACCAAAAUGAGAACAGAUUAGGUCUCAGAAUCCUACAGUAGACAUUGCCUUCCCCAGUGUGACCCUGUCCAAAAAGCGCCAGAGGACAAAACAAAUGUUUAUGCCGCUUGAUUUCUUUUCUUCCUAAUCACAACAAAGUUCCUGUGGGAAUUUACGCCACCACUACUUCCCCUGCCAGCCAUACAUGUUGUUUAUGCUAUAUUGACUGUACAUAUUAUGCAUGCCGCUGUUUUGAAUGUACAGCCAUUGUUGAUGUGGUGAUGAUGUUGAUGUGUACUGUACACUCAGAUGGUGGAGGGGGGUUAAACUUGUUUUUCUGAAGCUAACAAACUCAAAUUGUGAAUUGUGACAAACAUUUACUUUGUGUUACAGUCAUCAUCACAUUUUUCCUGAAGUUUAACUUGAUUAAUCUGUCUUCUCUAGGCUCCCACCAUGUUUGAUUUGAACAUGACCACUGCCCAGCCAAUGCACCUCAUCAUCACCACAGACUCAGAGCAGAUCACAUACACUGCGGCCCAUGCUAACACGGAUGUCAGCUUUUACGUAAGUACCACCUCUCCUUAUGUAAUUGUUGCCUUUUGCCUCCUACUUGUUUCCUUAGGGGUUUGCAUCUGUUAGUGUAAGAGCAAUACUUUAAGUCAGUGUAUAAAGAGUACAUGAAAAUAUCUAUGCAAAUUAUUAUUCCAGAAAUAUUACACUAGCUGGGAGGAAAGUAGAUGCUGACUUCAACGUCUUAGGCUAUUAGACUUAAACCUAAAUGCCCGAUAGCCUCUGUUGCAAUAGAGAAGGAUCUCAGUAGGUAUGAUUGCAUUGAAACUGAUAGCUGGCUAAUGGGAGCUUGGUGAGGGCUGGGAGUCUAGCCUGGCAUUUGUCCUGUUCCUGCCAGCUGAGCUGCUCUGCUCUGUGUAGCUCUAGUGUUUGGAGCCUGGGAGGGAGGGGGGUUGGGGGGGGGGGGGGGGGGUAGAGCCUCACUGCCAGGCCUCCCUACUUCCAUAGUUAACCAGGAGAGAAAUGCUUUCCUGCAGGCCCAGAUUGGCCAGCUGUAUGACAAAGAACCAGCCACUGCUGUGCAACCCCCCGGGCCAGUUUGGAGAAGCAAUUACCCUUGUUAGUUUUCUGGACCUGUGUGUAUUUUAUAUAUGGAAAACAUAAUAAAAAGGGUCUUAGAGUGUGUUGGAGUAGGGAGUGAUCAGAACAAGCUAAUACCCACUGGGAACAAACUGAUUGAAUCAACGUUGUUUCAAAAUAAUUUGUCAAUGUAUUGGGACGUGGAAUCUACGUGGAAAAAUCAUUGGAUUUGAAAAAAGUCACCAAUGUAAAUUGUUGUUUUUAGGGUGAAAUUUCAACCACAGGAUUCUGUCAUCAUUGUAACCAAUUUUCAAAAUAGACAAACCUUGUAUAAAUUAUGUUGAAUUUGUACCUUUGAAACAAUGUCAGAUCUUCAAUGUUGCAUCCACUAUCAGAAAAAAACAAUACGCUAUGUAGCACCUCCUACUGAAGUCUAUCUACAGCUAUUAAUUUGGUCUCCCAUCCAUGCUUUUCGCAAAGUCCAGCCGUGCUUAGCUUCGACAAAACAUUGUCACUGACUCCUACCAAUGUGCUAUCGUGAGAAUGAUUAUUGAGAGAUCUCUUAAUAACAAAAUAUAUUCACUGUUGCUAUCAAAGUCAUUCCAAAGGGUAGGUUUAACAGAGCAAAUGAAAUGUAACCAUACUUUAUCAAUCAUAUAUCAUCAAUAGCAUUUGCAAAGUCAACAACAUUGUUUCAAUUCAAUCCAGGGUUAAACUAAAAAUAGACAAUACAUAUAGGCCUAGGGUUUCAAGCUUUGGUUGAUUUCAAAUUUGUCUACAAAUUAAUAAUCUGAUAUGUUGGAUUCAAGUCUCCAUCUCAAACAAAAAUCAAAGUUAAAGAAUAUGAUUAAGUCAAAUCAAACUUUAAAUACACUUUAAAUAAUAUAUUCUUUAACUUCAAUGUUUGGUUGAGAUGUAGACGUGAAUCCAACAUAUUAAUUAUUGUAGUCAAACUGGAAUUAAAGCCAGACUAAAUAUACAUCUCCUUCAAAUGUUGAUAUAUUGUUGAGUUGUCAACCAAACACAAUUCAAUAAUACUUUUGUUAUACAGUAAAUAGCCUAAAGCUAAGGCUAUCUUACAAUCUAAUGUUACAGUAUUUAUUCAAACUUAAAUUGAGUAACAUCCAUGGCCACAUUGAGGUUAGCCUACUGUAACUAUAAAUGUCUUCUUAUGUAAUCAUAGAACGCGUGCUUGUUCAAGAUGAUAGCAUGCAAAGGUCGGCAGGUCUGUGGAGAUCUUCACAAUUGCUAUAAUAGUCUGUGCAGAAUCUCGAACGGCAUUGAUCACUUGCACUACGUGCUUUUAAUGUAAUCUCAACUGCAAUCCAGGUUGUUUGGUCAUUAGAUGAAGAACAUUGAUAACACAUCAAAUUGUAUAAAUACAAAAUAUCUGACAUUGUAUACCCAUUUGAACUUUGUUGUGCUUUUAAAUGAUUGAAAGCAUAGUGAUAACACAUUGGGAAUUCAACAAACUUCUGGCUGUCAUUUUGAGUAGGUGAAUAAACAUCUCAACAAAAUAUUACCCACAUUUCCACGUUUAAAUGACGUAGUGUGCCCAGUGGGUAGUCUCAGUCAUACUGGGGAUGUAUAGUGUUAUAGUGGAGACAUUAACUUGAGUAUUGUGUUGUUCAAUCAACCCAGAAAGAGAGGACUCCAGAGGAGAGAUUGUACAUCUCAAAGGGUUUCGUCUUGUCAAAAGAAUUUUGGAAAUUAAGCAGAAGGGAAAGUGUGCAUCUCUAGGACUGAUAGGAUGUUUUGUUUGGAAGUUUGAGUAAAUUAUAUUGUUAGUGAUUUGGGAUCCCUGCCUGGGAAUUUAACCACCCCUUGUCUGCAGGCAUCCAUACUCUUAAAACAGAACUCUUGCUUUUCAUCACAAUGAACAUAAGUACCAAGCUGAGAGUUCAGACAAAGUCCACAGCCCAAGCAUCCUCUUAUUGAGCUCUGCUUCUCACACAAGGGGUAAAAUAAAUAACUUUGUCUUUUAUCUAUUUCGACCCUCUAGUCUCUGUUUAAGUUGGCCAUAUCAACUUCUCAAUAACCUUCCAUGAUAAUAGGACGUUUACAACACUGUCAGCAGUCUGUGGUAUAGCCUUUCAUGUCCUGCAGAGAGGGAGAACAUUGCACAUGAAGAGGGGAUGUUUUUGUGGGAUGGAAGGAUGGGAUAGUGUGUAGUGGAUCACUGGGGAGUGUUACCAUUUUAAUGGAAGAAAAUAGCAUCUGUGUGUCUGAGGAAGUGCGUCACGAGGCUGACAGAUCUGCUGGGUACUUGCCUAGUGUUAUAUCCAGCUGUGACUGGGACAGGGACAAGUCACCACACACACUCAGAUGGGACCGAGUACAUUUGCGUACAUUCACAAAAAGCCACCAACCUGUGGGUUCAACAUCAAGGUUUAAGGUCUCUCAACCUCAAUUGUCCCUCAUCAAAUCCUCACUGUUUUAGAACUUGACGUUAGUUCCCUAUCUAAUAUGGGGUGGUUUACCAUUACACCAAGUCAUAAUACACAGUGGUCUCUCUCCCUACUAUGUUAUGUAAGAGUUAAUGACCCCUCUGGAAUUGUCCCCCGAAUGCCCUCGUGGAGACAGUUCAGGAUGCGUCUUUGGAGCCAAAGGGACAGAGACAGACAGACGGACAGACAGGCGAGUGGCCUUGACCCGAACCUAAUCUCUGUUGGAUGGGUGCCUGUUCUAAACAGCCCACCAGAUAGCUCUCUCUGACAGAGACGUAUAUCCCCCCAACUCCUUGCUCAUUUAGCCCCUCUGGAUCAGGCCAAGGGAAGGAAGUCUAAUCUGAGAAGUUUCUGGAAGCGCCAGUAGACGGAGCCACUCCUUGCUCUGACUACUUCCUGUCGUGUGAUAUGUCCCUGGUUCUGUGCCAUGUCGAACUCUGACCCCAAGGACAAAAUUCCUGUCAAUAUAGUUCCUUCUCUCAUUCAUUGAUCCCUCUCACUCUUUUUCUCUCUUCCUGACUUACUCCCUUCUCCGCCCCCCCUCCUCUCCCUCAAUUGUGAUGUGUUUUAUUUUCUCGUCCUCGUAGUUUCUCGUCUUUGUAUUUCGAUCCAACCUAAACCAAAUAUACACACAUGAGAAGGACCAAUCAAUCACACAGGUUUUCUUGUCUUUCAGCAGAGCAUUCUGGCUGGUUGUGUGGGGUCUGGCUGCAGCCGGCAGGCCUUCACACACACACACACACACACUGACCGUUAACAUGGAGGUCCAGAGAGAAAACAAUCAGUGGUCUUUUUUUCCAGCCCUCAGUUUUCAACCUAACACCUAGAUCACCAGGAAAUACAUGGACUUUGUUCCUCCAACUCCAAACUCAUUGCAAACUCAAUGGCUGCUGCUCUCUCCCCCUCCCCUAGCCUCUUCUUGGCAAAACACUGAGCACAUACCUCUUGUGAGUUUGUGCAAUGCAGCAUAGCUAAUUGUGUUUGUUGUUGUUUUCAUGAUAUCCAUUAUCAUGAAAUUAAUUGUAGUAACACAGCAGACCUAUUUAAGUCCUCCCAUUCCAGAACAAGAUGUCCAUCUGUGUGCUACAGUAACUGGAAUGCAACGGGAAUAGCUAUGAGAACAUUGAUGGGGGAGAAAAUGAAACAAUUGUUGAGACAGGAUCCAAAGGGAAAUAGAUAUCUGCUCCAUCCAUCCAUCUGCUCUGUAUAGUAUAUAAAUUGACUAGUCUCUUGGGCUAUUAAAAAAAAAAAUGCUUUUAGAAGUAUGGUUGUCUUUUUACGACUCAGGGUUGGGAUCAAUUCUGAAUUGAGUCCGAAUUUCUCUUUAAUUCCAAUUCAAUUCUUGAAUUUGAAUUGAAUUUCAAUUGGCCACACCCCACAGGAAGCAGAAUUUGAAUUUGAAUUAAAGGAAGUAGAAUUUAAUUCAAUGAAAUUCAAAUGGCUAAUUUAUCACUAUACAUAUGUUUAUUUUGACAUAUGGUGACCAAUACUAUGUAAAACAUAUGGAUGAAACAUUAGAUUUCUAAAGACUCACUCUCCUUACAUGCAUUUUAAAGAAUGACAGUAGUCUGGAAAUAUUCUAAGAUCCUUUUGUAGGUUUAUAAUAAUUCAUAAUUCACUUACAUAUUAUUAAAAAUAACCAGAAUGCAUCGAACACUACAGAAUGGAAGGGAUCAACCUAAUCUAAUGAGAAAAAAAGAAAAAAAGACUGUGACAAUAAUAUUUGAAAUGGUAUCUGUAUUCUUUGCAGUAAUAAGUGGCAGAUGUUUUUGGUAAAAAAUGUGUCAAAGGAAUUAGACUUUCAUGCUUAAUGUCUCAGUUGAAUUUCUUUGAAUUGUUUUAAAUUAAAUUAUGCUCCCUUUCAUUUCAAAGUCUGCUUCCUGUGGGGUGUGUCCAAUUAAAAUAAAAAUGUCAAUGAAUGGGUUGAAUUGAAUUAAGAAAUUAUGAAUUGAUCCUAACCCUUGCGCGACUCUUAGGUUACACUGAAACGUCACGUAACUGCCCCAUUACAGUAGACCCCCUACUUGAGUGAUUCAUCUACAGUCCAUUAUUCCCCUGGCCUGGCCGGGGAACAGGGGAACGUGUGCUGUGGUGUGUAUGCGCUAGGCUGGAUGUAUAUAUUUAUACCCGUAUGGAGCCAAAUUCCAGCCGACUCCACUGACGCACAGAGUUAAAAAGGUCCCAUUUCCCAGCCCCACUCAGGAAGCAAAGGAAAGACCUUGGCUCCAACGGGGUUGUGCAACCAGGCUCGUGGACACUUUACCAUAAUAAACAUUCCUUUUCAAAUGGCCCUGCUCUGCUCAGAGAAUAAAGAGAGGGAGAGAGAGAGAGAUGGAGGGAGAGAGAGAGAGAUGGAGAGAGAGAGAAAAAAAGAGAGUGGGAAGGAGAGAGAUCAAUAGACAGACAGAAAGAGGGAGAGAGGGAGGAGGGUGAGGAAGAGGGAGGGGGGCAUGCUUUAAUGUGGCUGUUGUCAGACACAUUGGGCAAACAUGAGGUAGCAGGCUCUAAAUAAGGCGCUGACACACCCGAUUCUACGGUAACAAUGAGCAGACAAACAGAGCUGUCUGGCCCUCCUAGAGGUAUAGUAGCUUAAUGACUUAGGGUCAUAUAUAAAAAAGAAUCCCUCCAUGUACAUAAAGGAAAUGAAAAAGAAUGGAGUGGAUCAUGUUAACAGACAGAUUCAAUCAAACUUGCCUUGUACAUGUAGUGUAUUUGUUUAUAAACUACUGCCUAAGCACACACCUCUUUAAGAAAACUGGAAGAAUCUACUUGUGAGAAUAACCUGAGAAUAGUAGUUAAUAAGUAGUUUGUACAUUUUACAGCAGCCUCCCCAAUACUAUUCUAUGAUUUAGUUUGGCCAGGGGUCAAAGAGCUACUGUGUAUCAUUAUUGCAAUACAGGUUCAAUUGAAUUUAACCCAUAGUAUCAGAAUUUGGCAUGCAAUAAUAGAUAGAUGGUCAAAGAGUCUUGAAAUUAAAUGUCUAAUGUAUUUUCCUUUACUCACCAGGUGGCCGAUGACUCCAAAAUGAGAUUGAUUGGUCUAAAUGUCAACGUCCAGAAAAAAGCCCUUCCCACAGACAAUGAAGAUAUAGUGAGGUGGGCCACCGAGAAGUUUGGUGGGGUGACGUCUUUCACCACCGUCCAGAACCCAAGUAGCAUCGCUUCCACAGGGAGAGAGGGUGAGACAGUCAGAUACAUACAACGUACCUCAAACGUACACAAUUCACAAGUCUGUUUUGUUAAGAUAAACUAUGGUGGAAGAAUGACAGAUAACGUAACACAUCUGAAUAAUACAUCGUAAUGAUUUUACAGGAACAAAACUCCUUCCAACUGGCUCCAACAACUGUACUCUUGAAAACGAAUGGCAGGCGCUCAAGCACUAUCUGAAGUUAGAAUCAAACAUACGCUUGCUCAAAUCCUGCUCGAACCAGCCUCCCGACAGCCACACUGAGAAAGAACUGUACAUCGUCAACAUCCCUGAGGAUGUCAGCAUUCGGUAAGACACCGAAGAGUCUCUUGGCAGAAAACAUUAGCAACACUUUCCAUGAUAGUGGCAUUAUAUAGGUGAUUGUAAUGUGUGUUGGUGCUCUUGAACUGUAAAGUAACAUACUAUUUUGUUGUUCCAGCAAUGUCUCUGUGCACGUCAUCAGUGAGCGGUAGAUCAGUCUGUUCCUAAAGGGAACCUCAGUUGGUACCCAUGUGGGAGCAUCCAUGACCCACAGCACACCAGCUUCUCUGUAAGCACUGGACAACAUCUACAGUUGGCUAAAUUGUAGUAUCAAUGUCUGAAACUGAAUCACCAAUGACUCAGAUAUUUUACCUGCAUUUUUCUGGUGUUCAUUUCAUGCCCAGUUCAGUAUGCAUGCAUAACUGGGAUUAUUCUCUAUGACUGACAAAGUUGUCCUAUAAAGUUGUCCUCUCUACUAUAAAUGGUUAAUUUGAUCUCUUCCCUCUCUCUCUCUCUCUCUCUCUCUCUCUCUCUCUCUCUCUCUCUCUCUCUCUCUCUCUCUCUCUCUCUCUCUCUCUCUCUCUCUCUCUCUCGCUCAGUCCAACAACGUGAUCUUGCUUGCUGCCACCAGCAUGAUGCAUAGGAUCCCUCCCACGGUCACCAUCUCCACAGACAAUGCUGAUGCUGUACAGAAGAAGGCCUUGGACCAUUUCAGAGCCAGUACCAUCACCAGCUACUCUGAGAUCCGAACCGAGGGCACCAUGGUCACACUGGUCCUGGGGAAUAAGGACCACACUCCAGGUAAGAUACAGCUAGAGUCACAGUAAGCACAGUACUAUUAGUAUUUAACAAGGAUAGAAUGACUAGGGAGUUGUGUUUAGACACCGUUCCUGUCAGUUUUCUGUACUCUUGACCAUAUUUUUUGAUAAUGUAAACAGUAAAUGCAAAUUCAGAUGUAGAGUGACCAGUUCUACAAGCAUAAAUGCUCAUACUGUUGUUUGGUAUAAAUGGUGCAAAACUGCAAUAAAAAUAUGCUUUAGUAAGCUUUCUCAGUAAUUGGUAGCGAACACUAUGACAUUGUUGCCAGCUAGCUCCUGUACUAGACUAGCCCUGUAGUAGACUAGCCCUGUACUAGAAUAGCCCUGUACUAGAAUAGCCUUGUACUAGACCAGCCCUGUACUAGAAUAGCCCUGUACUAGACUGGCCAACAUUAUUAUUAUUAUUAUUAUUAUUAUUAUUUAGGGUUAGGGUUUUUAUUAACUCAUCAGUUCAACUAAUCUAUAUGGUGCACCUAUCCUGUAGUAUCCUGUACAAAUGGAUUCUCACUGUCGGGUGAUUUUUGUGUCUUGCUGUCUCAGUCACAGAGGCUGCACCAACCGAGACCACCCCAUCGCCCCCCAGCCCUCCUCAGAUGCCUCUGCUCAUGCAGCUGUACACCUCUCCAGACUACCGCUCCCCUAUGGACCCCAACACCAAGGUGCAGAGCGACAAGAGGAUCUACGCAGAGGUGAGAGACCUUUUAUUUAUUUCACUCCAGCACCCUCCCGCUCUUAGUAAUCCGCUCCCAGUUCCUCAGCCGUCCCACAUUCAAAUCAAAUCACAUUUUAUUUGUCACAUGCGCCGAAUACUACAGGUGUAGACCUUACCGUGAAAUGCUUACUUAUAAGCCCUUAACCAACAGUGCAGUUCAAGAAAUAUAGUUUUUUUUACUAAAUAAACUAAAGUAAAAAAUAACAAGAAAAUGACAUAACAAUAACGAGGCUAUAUACAGGGGGUACCGGUACCGAGUCAAUGUGGGGGGGGGGGGGGGGGGGGUGUACAGGUUAGUCGAGGUAAUUUGUAAAGUGACUAUGCAUAGAUAAUAAACAUCUCACCCCCUAAGCCCACACCUUCACAACUGCACGACUCCUAACACAGAGAACAAACAUCUCUUUAAUAGUAUGGCAAUCUAGACAGGUAUUAAUGUUUGGGAGAGGACUUUUUAGAGAAUAAUUUUGAUAGUAUCGUACUACUUACAGUGGGGGAAAAAAGUAUUUAGUCAGCCACCAAUUGUGCAAGUUCUCCCACUUAAAAAGAUGAGAGAGGCCUGUAAUUUUCAUCAUAGGUACACGUCAACUAUGACAGACAAAAUGAGAUUUUUUUUCUCCAGAAAAUCACAUUGUAGGAUUUUUAAUGAAUUUAUUUGCAAAUUAUGGUGGAAAAUAAGUAUUUGGUCAAUAACAAAAGUUUCUCAAUACUUUGUUAUAUACCCUUUGUUGGCAAUGACACAGGUCAAACGUUUUCUGUAAGUCUUCACAAGGUUUUCACACACUGUUGCUGGUAUUUUGGCCCAUUCCUCCAUGCAGAUCUCCUCUAGAGCAGUGACGUUGUGGGGCUGUCGCUGGGCAACACGUACUUUCAACUCCCUCCAAAGAUUUUCUAUGGAGUUGAGAUCUGAAGACUGGCUAGGCCACUCCAGGACCUUGAAAUGCUUCUUACGAAGCCACUCCUUCGUUGCCCGGGCGGUGUGUUUGGGAUCAUUGUAAUGCUGAAAGACCCAGCCACGUUUCAUCUUCAAUGCCCUUGCUGAUGGAAGGAGGUUUUCACUCAAAAUCUCACGAUACAUGGCCCCAUUCAUUCUUUACUUUACAUGGAUCAGUCGUCCUGGUCCCUUUGCAGAAAAACUGCCCCAAAGCAUGAUGUUUCCACCCCCAUGCUUCACAGUAGGUAUGGUGUUCUUUGGAUGCAACUCAGCAUUCUUUGUCCUCCAAACACGACGAGUUGAGUUUUUACCAAAAAGUUAUAUUUUGGUUUAAUCUGACCAUAUGACAUUCUCCCAAUCCUCUUCUGGAUCAUCCAAAUGCACUCUAGCAAACUUCAGACGGGCCUGGACAUGUACUGGCUUAAGCAGGGGGACACGUCUGGCACUGCAGGAUUUGAGUCUCUGGCGACGUAGUGUGUUACUGAUGGUAGGCUUUGUUACUUUGGUCCCAGCUCUCUGCAGGUCAUUCACUAGGUCCCCCCGUGUGGUUCUGGGAUUUUUGCUCACCGUUCUUGUGAUCAUUUUGACCCCACGGGGUGAGAUCUUGCGUGGAGCCCCAGAUCGAGGGAGAUUAUCAGUGGUCUUGUAUGUCUUCCAUUUCCUAAUAAUUACUCCCACAGUUGAUUUCUUCAAACCAAGCCGCUUACCUAUUGCAGAUUCAGUCUUCCCAGCCUGGUGCAGGUCUACAAUUUUGUUUCUGGUGUCCUUUGACAGCUCUUUGGUCUUGGCCAUAGUGGAGUUUGGAGUGUGACUGUUUGAGGUUGUGGACAGGUGUCUUUUAUACUGAUAACAAGUUCAAACAGGUGCCAUUAAUACAGGUAACGAGUGGAGGACAGAGGAGCCUCUUAAAGAAGAAGUUACAGGUCUGUGAGAGCCAGAAAUCUUGCUUGUUUGUAGGUGACCAAAUACUUAUUUUCCACCAUAAUUUGCAAAUAAAUUCAUUAAAAAUCCUACAAUGUGAUUUUCUGGAAAAAAAAUUCUCAAUUUGUCUGUCAUAGUUGACGUGUACCUAUGAUGAAAAUUACAGGCCUCUCUCAUCUUUUUAAGUGGGAGAACUUGCACAAUUGGUGGCUGACUAAAUACUUUUUUCCCCCACUGUAUGUAUAUAACAACAUGCACGUUAGAGCGUGACCAUAUACAGUUAUCGGAGCAAAUACAUCCAUCAACAAAUACAACCACCAGCAAAUACAUCCACCAGAAAAUACAUCCACCAACAAAUACAUCCACCAGCAAAUACAUCCACCAGCAAAUACAUCCACCAACAUCUCCCACCAGGCCUGCUCUAGGCUACAAAACAACACCCAUACUGUAGUGUAUUCAAACACUUCCAGGACUCCAAUCAUUCCUAUCUUCACUUUCAUCCCUCUCCUCUCCAGAUCUCAGGGCGGACACUGGGGGAGAUUGUCCUGACCAUCAAGGUGAUCAACUGCUCGGUGCGCUCCAAGGGCUCUUGCCCGGUGGUGAGGGACAUGCCCUUCAGGCCAGAGGCAUGCUCCUCCACUGUGUGCCCCAACAGUACCAGGGUUAGCUUCUCCUUAGAGCUGCUCCAAGACCUGGCCUCCACUAGCUGGGACCUGGAGUGCUCCGUCAAACUCUGCUUCAGCGAGGUAUGUAGGUAGAGGAGAUAUGGGUGGUGGGGGGAAAGAGGGGUAUUGCUUUAUUGACUUAUGUGACAAAAUAUUUUUCUGUAAUUUCUUUUUGUAUCUUCCAAAUACAUUUUUCCAUUGAGCAUUUAUUCAUUAAAUCUUGAUUAAGUUUUUGUCUGACAUAUUUAUUUCAACAGCAUAACAGUAGCUAUGCUUCUAGUAAGUUUACUUUUAUAGUUAGACUGAAUAUGAAAUAUCAUAAACAGAGUUGAUUCUUAAAGUAAUAGUGUGUGCCAGCAUGUUUCACUAAACAAUGUUAAUUCUAAGCUGUAGCUUAGUCAACAAACCAAAUCUCCAGUGAACUUUCACUUCAUCAUCAAGGCAUUUUUGGUGUUUUGAGUUUACUUUAGUAGUUUUUAGUAUCUUUGGCAACAAAGCACACUUAAUGAUCUGUAUGUAUCACUCUCUCUUUUGGUAAUGUAUUGUAGAAAUGUGGAGAUGGAGGAAGAGUGAAGAGGAACUUGGAGGUCACCCAGACAUACAUCCCACCACCAAGUGAGUUUAGUUUUAACUACAAAGUUUUAAAGCCUUCCAGCUUUGUUGUUGUAGUGUAAUUUGUCCUUCUGGCAACCCCGUCCUUAUAUUUUCUCUUAUCAGCUUUGGCAUCAGGCAACAUUUACAGUACAAAUGAUAAUCCCAUUGUUAGCCCUAAACAGGAUUCAUAAAUUCAUAUUUGGGUAUAUUUUAAAACAUGACUCUUCUCUGUCAUUGAGAUGACCCCCAACUUCCCCUAUACUGUGCAAUCGUUUUUCAUUUAGAAAAAAAACAAACAAGAUAGUCAAAUGAAAUCAGCACUAACACUGCUGUCAAAUGCAACAAUAGGAGAGCCACCGCAUUGUCCUCCUCAACCCUCAAGAAUUCCUCUAUCGGAACAUUCCAUCAUCCAUUUCAUUCCGGCCACAGCAGAGGCUGGCCAGUCUGUCUGUCCAUCUCGGUUGUACUGCCUAGCAUCGAGCUCCACUCCAACAUUGGGCCCGUCAUCAUGGCGAUGAUGAGGUCAGGAUAUACAGAGAGAGACGGGUCGUGGAGGGGAUGUGAGGUGGGGCCUCCUCCUUAGGAAGGCCUGCAGCCUGACCUUGUGGCCACAAUCAGCCAGUAAUGACCCUUGGGGGGAUCCAUUGUGUCCGAGGUCUGGCCGCUGGGCCGUCUGUCCAAACAUGGGCCCCGGGCCUGGCGCUAUUGUCAGAGACAGAGGCCCCGAACACAAAGGGGGGAAGGUGUUACUCUUCAAAGGGAGGACAAUCUCCGGGCAGAUGAGUCAGGAACAAAUAUCGCAUUCCUCAACCGCUGUAUGCCCAGAAGGGAAGCCCAUAAUCAUGUUUUGGCUUACCACAUAGCUCCCCAAAUUUGGCCAACAAGUUAUUUUUUCCUGCAAUUUCCUUAGAGGAAGAGGAUACAGGUUGGAUCAUCAGCUCAUGUUGAUGGUGUUUUAGGCUGAUGCUGCCAGGCCCUCACUGCUCAUUUUUGUUAUUGUGUCCCUGUUUUGUCAGCCAACCCAUCAUGGUCCCUAUGUCAUGGAAAGGUAAUGUGAGUACGUGGAGGGACUCAGGGACUUGCUGUGAUGGAGGAUGAAUGGGAAUCCGUGGCAAGGGAUCAACGUUUCCUCCCAUUAAACUGCAGGCAACUCCUCAUUGACCUCAGCGCUCCUUUCAUCCAUGCCUGCCCACACAAAACAACUGGAGCCAACCAACUCUCUGACUCUUGGUUGCCUACGGUCAUGUAGUCAGUUCCGCUCAGUUCUUCUUCAGAAUUCUGGCCAGAGAAUUGGAGCUCAGUUGAGGCAGGCUGAGUAAUGCUAGCUGCUGCUGGGGGCCUCGCCUGCUUUGAUUGGCCAGGAUAUGGCUCCCCCUCGGCUGUCCUUCCUGUUUGGUAGCUGUCCCCCAGAGGACUCUUGGGAGUCGUAGUGUCGUAGUGCAGGCCUGCUGCUGUUCGUCCCCAUCCACCUCCUCCCCAACUGCGACACAGCUUCUACUUCCUGUCCCCGUUUGCUUUUCGGCCCAUUCUGGAAAACAAAUGUAAAGAAUACUUUAUAACAGGCUUCUGUUUACACAUGGACUGGGACAGGGCCUUUGAGUCUGUAAUGCUGUAGUAGAUAAUUCCCCUCCUAUAAAGAUAACUUUAAUCACUUACAAUCUAAUUCAUGAGAUUUUAUUGGAUGUAGCCUCCACAUUAGAUUCAUUACGAUGCCACACAAGCGUUUCAUUAUGUUGUGACAGCAGAGCAGUGAUGGAUUUUAAUAGGUUGAGGGGAUAAAUUAUCUUUAUUAUUCUUAUAGACUAAUGCAUGGAAACCAUCAAUAACAAUAUUAACAGGCUUGCAGGAUGGUGGCAAGAGGUGCAGCCAAACAAACAGAAUGCAGUUCCUCAUCCUUCCUGCAUCCUGUCUUUCCUGUCCUUCAAGAAAAUGGUCAAUGUUUGUGUAAAUAAAAUAGAAAUUUGAAGACAAUCAUGGUACCAAUAAUUGAUUCAAAUACACCAAAUGUAUGUCCUUGAACUUCCUUGAACCAAUUAUUUUAAAACCGCACGCAGAAGAACUUAAGGAUAAUUUAGUUGCUAAUGGCAGCCUGCAGUACCCCGGUCAGCCUUCAACUUGAAUUACUCAAUGAGAGGUGGCAGCACUGAGCCAGCCUGCAAAGUCACUUCCUGGAGGGUCAGUGAUAUCGGGGAUCCUUGUGACGUCCCUACCCUCCUAACCUUUACACUAACCCUAACCUUAACCAUAACCAUAACCUAACCUUAACACUUACCUUAACCAUUUUAAAUAUCAACGGGGUAGGGAUACUGGAUUGCACGGACGCUUCCUGGAGUAGCUCAAACUGCACAUGUUAUGUCUCCAUGAGAUGCCAUCUUAACUGACUUAAUUUGGCUUCAAUGAGCUAUUGAGUCUUCACAUAGGAAUGAAUGGUGUCACGUGACUGAUGGCUUUGUCCAUUCAUAUAUACAGUCAUUGUUAAGACACAGGAUGGCUUCUGCCCAGAGGACUGAUGAUUAGCUUCCUCCCAAAUUCUCAGGAUCCAUGUUGGAGAUUUCAAUUUGGGAAGAAGCAGAUGUUGGGGAACUUGUGUGUGUGUCUUUGUGUGUGUACGUUUGUGCACGUAUGAUCACGUGCUUCGAUGCACACGUGUUUGUUUGUGUGUGUGUCUGUCUGUGUGUGUGUGUGUGUGUGUGUGUGUGUGUCAGAGGCCUGUGUCAGUGCCAGAGCCUGUUUUCAGCAAAGCAAAGCUGAUUUGAGAGUUCCUUCGAGGGAGAGCAAUUUUGUCUCAGCCGUUGGCUCAAGAGUUGUUUUGUUUGCUCCUACGUCUGUAAUUGCUGGAAUGGCUUGUGUGGGACAAUGCCACACACAGGCUGCCCAGGGGGCACUGGCAGGGCCAAGCAGUGUGGUCACAAACUUAAAUUCACAUCGCAUGUUGAGAGAGCCAGAAAUUCAUCACAACAGUGAUAACCAUUUGUUUCCACAAACAGAUUUGGCCUCAAUUGUGCAAUGUGCUUGAGACAGAGAAAAAUGCAUGAGCUUGUAAUGUUAACUGAUUGUGUGCUGAGAAACACUGAUAUCCAUGGAUAUCCAACGACUCUACUAAACACCCCAAUGUGAGACAUGCAUUCAUGUGUUUCUCCUGUGUGUUCUAGUGGCGUGGAUUGACUUUGGUCUGUCAGCUGUGCUGGGCAUCGCCUUCGGAGGCUUCCUGAUCGGAGUUCUGCUCAUCGGAGCUCUGUGGUUAAUCAAGAUCCGCACAGGUGAGGCGUAGUCCACCUAUCUCUUUUGUGGUGUUACAUUUACAUACCAUACAAAAGUGUUUUUAAAGGUCUCUUUCUCUUGAUUUGAGGUCCCUUUUCAUUUAAACGUAAUUUUAAAACUGUAUUAUUUUGUUUUAUGGGAUCUAGGAUACCCCACCGGACUGGAUGUAGGGUCGACUGCUGCAAACCUCUCGGGUAAGAUGCUAGUCACUGUUUCUGAGUUCUAUUUUCCUUGAAGGGGGAAUAGUAAAGUAGGCAAACCAUAUGGAUGAGGUAAACCUGUCUCCUCCUCCUUUGCUGAUCUUUCUCAUGAUCACUAUCCCUUAAUCAACCAACCAAUCAGUCAAUCAGUCUUUAUUAUCCCAGAGGCAAUUGGUUUGCAAGCUGAAAUUGAGUUUGACAAAUUGGUUAAAACAAUUGGUUAACAUAAAUAAAAUAAAAAUCCUUUCUCCCCAGGAUGUCCUUGCUCUCUGACCAGCAAACGGCAACCUGUCUCCAACAACCCCUCCCCCUCUGAGAACAGUAGUGCCAACGCCAGCAUUGGCAGCACUCAGAGCACGCCAACCAGCAGCAUGGCA